AGCCGUGGUGGGACAAUGCCAGCGCCUGGCGGGUCCCCGUCCGGCCCAGGGUGCGGUUCCCGCGCCCCCAAGCCGCGGCGACGCCCGGCCAGCCCCCCCCCCCACACCCCGCCCGGGCUGGUGCCAAGCAGUGCCGCCCCCACUCCCCUCGGCGGGGCGCGCGCGGCUCGGGACUCGGGGACACUCGGGCCGGGCCCCCGCCCGCGGGGUUUCCGCGCCUGCCGCGGGCGGGGCAGGAGGGCGGGCGGGGGCGGGGUCUGCGACUAUUUCAGGCGGCGCCGGGCUCUGCGGGGACAGCGGCGGCCCGGCCCGGACACAGCCCGAGUCGGGGUGAUGCUGAAGAUGAUGACCUUCUUCCAAGGCCUACCCGGCCAGCAGACUGCCCCAGGGGUUCCCGACCCCCCCAGAAGCUCCCAGGAGUUGCCCCCCGCCUCAGAGGUGGAAUCAGAGGCCUCCAUGUCAGAGGCCUCUUCUGAGGACCUGGUGCCACCCCAGGAGGCCAAGGGAGCCCCGGACAGGGAUGAGGAAGAGGCUACCAAGAAGAAGAAGAACAAGAGGCCAAAAGGACUGGCCAACGUGUUCAGCGUCUUCACCAAAGGAAGGAAGAAGAAGGGUCAGCCCAGCUCAGCAGAGCCAGAGGGCCAGCCCGAGUCCCAGCCUGAGCUGAGUGGCCCGCUGCCCACAGGUAGGCCGGGGCCCCGGGCGGCGUGG